CAUUAGCACCAACUAGGAGGAAGUCACACAGGUCAUAAUCGCAGGCAUAUUUGUUACCUGAUUGGGUUGCAGCUAUACUAAUAAUGCAAGGGAGGACGACCGCAGUUGAUUUACGCAAAGCAGUAGAGAAAGCAGCUAUUAUGACACCUGAUCAGUCACUAGUAUUUUGAAUAUUUUCUCUGGAGACAGACCUUGGCGGUGAAGACGUCGUGAAACAAAAACAGUGAAGUGAAAAGAAAAAAUAGAACAAUGGAAGACAGUGAGUUUAAUGACUCCUACUAUUCAAAUGCGAAAUCCUACCUGCUGACUUGUAGUACUGACACAGGAGCUAACUUGUAUGAUCACUUAAGUCAACUUCUCACCAAGAUUCUGAUAGGCACUCCCGCAGACCCCCUGGCAACGUUAGAAGACGACAGCCGGGACGCUAAGAAGUGCCGAGUGACAUCUGACCCCCAGCAGUUGAGAGACCAGUGGCAUUUUGAUCAUAAGUGGAACCUGGCUUCUAAACAAAUUAACUUGUUCCAAAAGCAUGAUCACAAACCUAGUACCCCUGAAAGUGAAGAUGAAGACAUUCUCCCCAAUCUGAUGCGGAUUGCCCAUUACUUCGAGCUAUCGGGAGAGGGAAUACAGCGAGAGGAAAUGUUCCGAAUAUGGCUUGCUAUGAACCAGCUUUUGUCCUCGGACCUCUACCCCAUAGAAAACAUUCGCCUUUGGGGGAAAGUGCUUGGGACCCGCAGGAACUAUAUAGUCCUGGAGGCAGAGCUGUCGGAGACAGAAGACGAAGAAACAAAUUUUGAACAGACGUCAACUCCAUUGAACUCUCCAGUGAACGGCCAGGGCGGCCCACAGGACACAGAGUCAGAUAUAGACUCGGAUGUGAUACCUACCACGAUCUACAGACCCCCUCCUGUAAUCCCAGCAGAGCAGAGUGGAACUGGAGUCAACAAGAAGACGUAUUUUGUGUGCAACGAGCCUGGAGAGGAGUGGAUCAGACUCCCUGACGUCACACCGGCCCAGAUCGUCUGCGCGAGGCAAAUCAAGAAGUUUCUUUCUGGCGAUGUGAACGCCUUGGUGAUAUCCAAUCCACCAUUUCCUGGACACGAGAUAAACUAUCUGCGCGCGCAGAUUGCCCGGAUCUCAGCCAGCACCGUCAUAUCUCCCCAAGGGGUUUACAAGUUUGACGAAGAGGCAGAAGGAGAGGAAGAAGAGGGUCGCGACUCCUAUGUCCCAGACCCAGACUUUGAGGGUCUUACUAUGGCCGAGCUAGCGGAUCCAGAGAUCCGGUAUUGGGUCCACCAUGUUCCCUAUAUUCUACCUCAGGGUCGGACAAAGUGGUUCAAUCCCGUCCACCUGAAACACCAAGAAGAAAUGGACGACGGCGAAGAAGAAGACGAAGAAAGAGAGGAAGCAGAUGAACCUGAGCCAGAAGUUGGGCCACCCCUGUUGACUCCAAUAUUGGAAGAUGAAGAUAUUGACGGUGCCCCGCCCUGGGUGGCUCAUUACUCUACCAAACUGGUGCCGGAGUAUGCCGUUGCCAUCUUGCACUCGUCCUUGUGGCCGGGAGCGCACGCAUUUGCUGUGGAACAGGGAAAGUAUUUUGAAAACAUUUACAUUGGUUGGGGCAUGAAAUACACGGCCACGCAUUUAGAGCCAGUGCUGCCUCCUCUUCCUCAGUUGGAGUUUCCAAGUGGACCGGAAACCACCGAAGACGAAGACCCGACACCUGAAGUCGAGGCUGCGUGGCGGAAGAGGCAACAGGAGUGGGCAAGAAAGAUGGAAGAAGAGGCCGAGGCGGCAGAGGAAGAGGAAUCAGAUGAGGACGAUUAUUAGCGUUUCUCGAGGCUUCUGUAGAUGGUUUUAAAUUAUAAGAUACUAUGAUUUUCAGUGAUAUCUUAAUUUCUCUCGACUACGAGCAAAUACAUUGGCAGCUGUGUUUCCAUUAAAGAGUAGGCUUUUACUUUUUAAAAAGCCCGAGAAUUAUAGGCCCUAGCUUCAAUUUGUGUUUCGAAUCUAAACAUUAAGUGACAAAUAUUAUCUUUAGCCUGCUGUUUUAAAGAAUAACGCAAAUGUUAAAUUCAAGUUCAUAAUAAUAAAAUAACAA